UCUGUUCGCUUCACGCCACAGUAGCUGUCCCCCCUCCGGAUUCUCGCGACUGUUCUGUCUGCGGUGGUGUGACGAUACCGUCUCUGUACUCCAGGACCUGCCUUUCUCCAGCUCCUUCCUAUCCAGCCGGGGAAGAAAAAACACAGGGGAAAGCAAUAUUCCAUUCUUGCCAGUGGCAUCUUUUGCAGCCUUUAUGUUCAGCAGAGGUCUUGCUUUCAGUUUUCCCUACAAGUAUCCAACAAUUUGAGAAUGAAUAGUUAUCAAGCAGAAAUGCUUUAUUACGUUUGGGUGGUUUGGUGAAGUCCCCAGACUCCCCAGUGGUGACUGGAUGUACAGUGCAAGGCAAACGGAACAGGCUGGGAGGGAAAAAGGGAGGAGGAAGCUUCAUUUCUUCAUUCAGAAACUGGAUGGAUCAACCCUGAGAAGGAAAGAACAGUCACACUCUUUCCGUGACAUUCUGGGGAAGGUCAUGUUCCAUUUCAGCCUGAGACAUAGGACUGACUCACUCUCCUGGUGUUUCUGAAAAAAAAAAAUAAAUCAGUGAUCUGUUCUAACUCUUUCUGUUCUUAGGGAAGACCACACUUUGUGCAGUGCUUUUUCAACCACUUACCUGCUUUGAGUUUCUGCAGUGAGCAGGAGUGAAGGAAAAAUACUAGAUAAUGUCAGAGUUCUGGCUAAUUUCUGCUCCAGGAGAUAAAACAAAUCUGCAGGCAUGGGAGAGAAUGAACACUGUGACAUCUAAAUCCAACCUGUCCAGCAACAGCAAAUUCCAUAUUCCAGACUUAAAGGUGGGGACACUGGAUGCUCUUGUUGGUCUGUCAGAUGAGUUGGGAAAACUUGAUAGCUUUGCUGAAAGCGUAAUAAAGAAAAUAGCCCAGUACAUAGGAGAAGUUAUAGAGGACUCAAAAGAUAAAGUCCAAGAAAAUCUUCUGGCCAAUGGAGUUGACCUAAUUAGCUACUUGACACGGUUUGAGUGGGACAUGGCCAAAUAUCCCAUAAAGCAGCCGCUGAAGAAUAUAUCAGAAGCAUUAGCAAAGCAAGUGACUCAAAUAGAAACAGACCUGAAGACUCGAUCAGCUGUGUACAACAACAUUAAAGGAAAUUUGCAAAACCUGGAGAAAAAAACUAUGGGAAAUCUGCUGACCCGGACCCUGGCAGACAUAGUGCAUAAAGAAGACUUUGUUCUGGAUUCUGAGUAUCUUAUCACACUGCUCGUCGUGGUGCCAAAGUCAAGCUACAUACAGUGGCAGAAGACCUAUGAAUCCCUCUCAGAUAUGGUAGUGCCUCGCUCCACCAAAAUGAUUGCUGAGGAUGCAGAGGGAGGACUCUUCACCGUGACCCUAUUUAGAAAAGUGAUGGAUGACUUCAAGGCUAAAGCCAGGGAGAACAGGUUCAUGGUUCGAGAAUUUUAUUAUGAUGAGAAGGAGCUGAAAUGUGAAAAGGAAGAGCUGAUGAAAUUAGCUUCUGAUAAGAAACAACAAUAUGGCCCAUUACUGCGCUGGCUGAAAGUGAACUUCAGUGAAGCAUUUGUGGCUUGGAUUCAUGUGAAAGCCUUGAGAGUUUUUGUUGAAUCUGUCCUGAGGUAUGGCCUUCCAGUAAAUUUCCAAGCAAUGCUGUUGCAGCCAAAUAGGAAGUCUGUAAAACGCCUGAGAGAUGUCCUAAACGUGGUCUUCAAACACCUGGAUGAAGUUGCAGCAGCAAGUAUAAUGGACCCUGGCAUGGACAUCCCUGGCUUACAACUGAGUAACCAAGAAUACUAUCCUUAUGUCUAUUUCAAGAUUGACCUCAGUCUUCUUGACUGCAGUUAAAGAAAAAUUGCUCAAGCUUCAUCUAUUAAUUCUCAAGACUCUAAUGUUAUAGUAAAACGAUCUUUAGCUGCUGAAAGUCAAAUUAAAAUGCAGAUGCUGUAGCAGGAUGAUCUUCCUACCAAUAAUUUUUACAGUGACUUCAAUAUAAAUAUUCCUUAUUCAUAGUUUUACAAAAAAAUAUUUCAGAGGCAGGAGGUACUAUGGUAGUAUUUAUUUUUUUUGGUAAAUUACAAAGAUGGAGUAUCUACAGGACUUGAAAUAAAACAAUUUAAAAA